UCAACUCUCAAACUCUCUACUUCUCAACUCAAACCUACCGAAAUAUAAUCUUUGCAAGCAGCUUCCAAAACACAAACAAACAAUAUCCAGUCCCCUUUACUUUUCCAUUCCAAAACCGAAAAGGGCAAGGACUUUUUUUGAGUUUCUCUCACUCUAUCCCAAAGAUCAAAUCCAAUAUGAGGCCUAAAGACCAACAAAUCACCAAUCUUAAGAUGCUCCUCUUUGGUGUCUUCCUUGCUUUCUUUGUGCUUUUCGUGUUGCGAUCAGGCAUGUCGUCUUCCCAGGAAAGUCCAUCUCCCACCUCUCAACCAGGAGUUUUAAACCCCAUGAAAGAAGCUAGAGAAACAAAUUGCUCACAAGCAUGCACUCAGAUCCCACGCUCCCUAACUCAAGCUCUCGUUCACUACACAACCUCAACCAUCACCCCACAGCAGACACGCAAAGAAAUAUCAGUGAGUGCCAAAGUUUUAGAAAAGAAAUCCCCAUGUAACUUCUUGGUUUUUGGCCUCGGUCAUGAUAGCCUUAUGUGGAGUGCACUCAACUACGGUGGACGAACAGUUUUCUUAGAAGAAGAUGAAGCUUGGAUUGCGCAAAUUAAACGCCGGUUUCCCAUGUUAGAGUCCCAUCAUGUCACAUAUGACAGCAAGGUGAAUGAAGCUGCCAAUCUCAUGGAAGUAGGCAAGGGACCGGAGUGCACAGCAGUUGGUGAUCCGAAGUUCUCCAUGUGCCAACUUGCCAUGAAAGGUUUGCCUAGUGAAGUUUAUGAGAUAGAAUGGGACUUGAUCAUGGUUGAUGCACCAACAGGCUACCAUGAUGAGGCACCAGGGAGAAUGACUGCCAUAUUUACAGCUGGAAUGAUGGCACGAAACAGGAAAGAGGGAGAGACCGAUGUUUUUGUGCACGAUGUGAACAGAGAGGUGGAAGAUAAGUUCUCCAAGUCUUUUCUUUGUGAAGGAUAUAUGAAGAAACAAGUUGGAAGGUUAAGGCACUUCACCAUUCCUAGCCACAGGGAUGACUUGGACAGACCCUUUUGCCCAGAGUAGAUUUUCUUGUGUUUUUCUUUCUUUCUAAAAAGUCACAUUUCCUACACUAAUUUCCAUGCACUUGCGAAGAAAUUUGCUAUCAUUUUGGAAAAACAUGCAUGGCUUUUACUGAAUAGGCAGCUAAAAGCAUAUUGAAGAUUUCUCUUCACUGUCAUUGAAUUGAUACUUGGUAUAUACCAGAGUAUACAUAGAAAAUGCGAAAGGUUGAAGUUUCUCA